UAUUUCAAUUCCAUUUCCGCCCGGCAUUGACGAGAGACGCAUCGUCAUUGUGGUGAUUUUUAAAGUGAAUUUUAUUCUGUGAUUCUACGGAAACUAGCAAUAUGUCGUUGCCACGAGUUUACAUGGAUGUAUCUGCCGACGGCACGCAUUUAGGAAGAAUUGUGAUUGAGUUGAGAACAGAUGUCACUCCAAAGACGUGUGAAAACUUUCGUGCUCUGUGCACGGGCGAGAAGGGCUUCGGCUACAAGGGCUCCACAUUCCACCGCGUAAUCCCCAACUUCAUGCUCCAAGGCGGAGAUUUCACGAACCACAAUGGCACUGGUGGCAAGUCCAUCUAUGGCGAGAAAUUUGCUGACGAAAAUUUCGUUCUGAAGCACACUGGCCCUGGUGUCCUCUCUAUGGCCAAUGCUGGCCCCAACACCAAUGGCUCCCAGUUCUUUGUCACCACUGUCAAGACCUCUUGGCUUGAUGGACGGCAUGUUGUUUUCGGCAAUGUGGUGGAGGGCAUGGAACUUGUCAAGCAGAUUGAGGCUUUGGGCUCCCAAUCUGGCAAGCCAUCCAAGAAAGUUGUCAUCUCUGACUGUGGUCAGCUUUGCUAAACAUCAUAAUUAUAAAGUAUAACACAAUAUUUUAAGUUUAAACAUAAUGUCCUCCCAAUGUAAUACCU